AUGAAGAGUCAUGAUUGCCAUGUAUUCAUGCAAAGACUUAUUCCUAUUGCAUUUGCGGAGCUAUUGAAACCGAGUGUCCACGGAGCGUUAUGCGUGGAAGGAUCUAUCGUCAAACAGUAUUUGUUAGAGGAGAUCUCCUACUUCAGUUCUUUCUAUUUUGAAUCUCAUAUUCAGACGAAGAAAAGGAGGGCUAUCAACGAAGACGAUAGAAGUUAUCUCUACCACUAUGAUUCAUGUUUCGGACUUAUUCCCGAAAGUUUUCAGCCUACUGGACGCCUCGGAGGCAAAUCUGAAGAAUAUUGGUUAACUGUACAAGAGUACAAUCACAUCGCCACAUAUAUACUGUUGAAUUGUGAAGAACUUAAGCCAUACGAAAGACUUUUUGACGAGGAUGUUUUGGCAACAUAUCCUAACCUAAGUGGGGAGGAACUUGAAGGAAUGAAGGAACAACAUUAUGCAUCUUGGCUUCGAGACUACAUUCAGUCAUGCAGUGAUAGAAUUCCGGCAUGGAUCAGAGAUAUAUCACAUGGACCUGGAAGAAAAGUCAUUUGCUAGUCGAUAAUGUUC